AGAUUCGCAGUAGUCAUGCGCAUCUCUCCUUCUUAUUUCAUCUCAAGUUUCCAACUGAACUCAAACAACUUCCUCUCUCUCUCUCUCUCUCUCUCUCUCUCUCCCAAUUCCCUCUUAAUCACCUUAUCAGCUCAACCCAUUUGCCACAUCUUUCCAGCAAUCUUGCUGGCAAUUAUAUUUUUCGACAUUAUGAACCCCCAGAGUACAAUGAAUCCUAGUAAAGCUCUGGAGGGUGUGCAUGGGAUCCAUGUUGUGCCUCACUCACCAUUUGCUUUGGAAGAGAUUACUCAACAAGGGGACUUCUCUCAAUCAACAUGUGGAAGUUUACUUAAUAUGGAGAAUCAGCAGCUAUUACUGCAGAGAGUAUGGGAACAAAUACCGGAGUGUUUGAGGCCCAUCAAGUGCUGUGUCAAUGGUGAUAGGAAUCUUGCAGAAACAGCAGCAAACGUGCUUACAUCACUUCCUUUUAUUGCUUUAGGACUCCAGGCUCCAAGGAAGAACCUGCAUACUAAGUUGUAUGCUAACUCAUUAAUCGGUGUUGGAGUUGCCUCAAGUUUGUAUCAUUCUUCCAGAGGAAAAAUCAGGAAGUACUUGAGAUGGUUUGAUUACACAAUGAUAGCUGCAGCAACAAUAUGUUUGUCUAGAGCUCUUAGAAAUGAGAACCCUAAGUUCCUGAUGGCAGCAUCUGCAGCAUUAUUGCCCAUCCAGCCUUUAAUGGUGUCUGUUGUUCACACAGGAAUGAUGGAGGUAGCAUUUGCAAAAAGGGCAUUAAAAGAUCCAGAUCUAAGGAUGGCACAUAAUCUGCAUAAGAUGUCAUCUUUUUUAGGAGGAGUUCUUUUCAUUGCAGAUGAUAUGUUUCCUAGUACUCCUUUCAUUCAUGCUGGUUGGCAUCUUGCCGCGGCUGUUGGUGUUGGCACCUGCAACAAGCUUCUUGAGUAGCAAGCAUAUAUCUCAGGUCAGUUGUAGAAUUCAAUUUAUCCACAGAGCUGCAGCUUCAAUUCAAAAACCAACAUGUCCAUAUAUUCUUAUAAUCCAUCUAGCCAUAAUCAAGUACAAAAGGAAGACUUCCUGUUUGGUUUUAGCUUGUUGCAGUUCUAUGGGUUCAACCCACAUUGGGUUUCCUAAUCAAUUCUCAAUUCUUCCCUGAAUUAUGGAAAAGGGAAAAAGGAAAAAGUCUAGCAUUACCUUCGAAGGAUGUAAUGUUUUCUGUAGAAUCUGUAUAUCAAAAUGACAAUUACAAAGAAGCUGAAUCUAUUUUCUUCCUUGCUUUUGGAAA